GUUGCAGUUGCAGUAAGCUAUCUAUCCGUUGACAGCGUUUCAGGGCCAGGCCGAUCCGAUACGAAAAGCAUGAUUGAACAAGACGAAUCGUGUGCGGAAGGAAAGGAGAACAUCCAGAGUUCACAAGAAGUAGGCCGUGGUGCAGAAGGCUCGGGAAUCCAUGGAGGGGGUUGUGUGCAGAGAGGGAGGGAAAGGGAUGCGUGCGAGCUGGUAGAUGAAAGGCAACGUGCUCGCUGGGGUACCAGAGGAGGUGGGAACGGGAGAGGAGACAAUAAGAUGGUGAUGGAUGGAAGACCGCAAAAUGUGCUCUCACGUCAGGGUAGCGCAGGACCUGAGAAUACCUCUGUGCCUGAUGUGACGAUCAGACCAGAUGCUGGCAAGGUGGGAGCAACCUCGGGGACAUCCCAUCAGGCAAAUUUGGCAGUAGACAGAGCGGUUAAAAAGACCGUGGCCGAGCCUGCUCCGUCCUUACCGUCCUCCAACAUGGUUUUCAUCAUCAAGCAGAUGGACCAGAAAGAGCACUUUGUGCUUGACACAGAUGCCUACCAUCCCCUUGAGCCAUUAGCGGCAGACAGAGACCCGUUUCUGACACAAUGCCCACCUCAAGCUGCCAGGUUGGCAGCAGGGAAUCGGACUCAGUCAAGACAGUUCUCCAAGUCUGACAUUUCGAUGGCGGAGGAAAUUAAUCAAGGGAGAGCAGUGUCGUCAGCAGCCUCUGCAUGGCAGCCUAAAGUCAGGGAAAACCAUCCUAGUGGAGAUGGUCAGUCAGGGGGUGUUCAUGCCAAGGACGUGCAGGCAGAGCACCGGACCACCACAGCGCCCCUGAGCGCCGGAGAUGAUGGCCCCGCCAGAUCCACCAAAGGAGGAAGAGGAGCUGGAAAAGGUUCCCUGUCCCAUUUAAUGACCCAUCGAAAGCCCUCGGCUUCGGGCUAGGAAGUCGCCAUCGAGAAGUAGAGGGGCAGCGCGACAAAGUCCAGCAGCUCAUCCACGCGGAGCACGACCCGG